AAAAAGUGAAAGAGCCACCGUGACUCGAUUAUCUGAAGCCAAAAAUCAAAAUCUCUUCAUUUCAUAUGAUGAAGAAGUGUCUCUCCAUCUCCUUCAACGCGUAGAAGAAAGGUUUCAGACGACUGAACGUGUUUAGUUUCGUAAGAUGUGGCGAAGAUCUGUUGUCUCUCGUAUCUCGUCUAGGAUCUCUGUUUCUUCUUCUUCGUUACCGACAAACCCUAGACUGAUUCCUUGGUCUCGCGAGUUGUGUAUCGUUAAUAGCUUCACCGAGCCUCCGCUUCCGUCAGAGUCAACUGCUAAGUUAGGGAUCACUGGGGUUAGAUCCGAUGCGAAUCGAGUUUUUGCCUCAGGUACUGUCGCCGCCGCAGCUACCACCGGUGAGGUUUCGUCUAGAGUUGCGGCUGUGGCUGGUUUAGGGCAUCACUACGCUCGUUGUUAUUGGGAGCUUUCUAAAGCUCGACUUAGUAUGCUCGUGGUUGCGACUUCUGGUACUGGUUAUAUUCUUGGUACGGGAAAUGCUGCAAUUAGCUUCCCGGGGCUUUGUUACACAUGUGCUGGAACUAUGAUGAUUGCUGCAUCUGCUAAUUCCUUGAAUCAGAUUUUUGAGAUAAGCAAUGAUGCGAAGAUGAAGAGAACAAUGUUACGGCCAUUGCCUUCAGGACGUAUUAGUGUUCCACACGCUGUUGCAUGGGCUACUAUUGCUGGUGCUUCUGGUGCUUGUUUGUUGGCUAGCAAGACUAAUAUGUUGGCUGCUGGACUUGCAUCUGCCAAUCUUGUCCUUUAUGCAUUUGUUUAUACUCCGUUGAAGCAACUUCACCCUAUCAAUACAUGGGUUGGGGCUGUUGUUGGUGCCAUACCACCAUUGCUUGGGUGGGCUGCAGCUUCUGGUCAGAUUUCAUACAAUUCGAUGAUUCUUCCAGCUGCUCUUUACUUUUGGCAGAUCCCUCAUUUUAUGGCCCUUGCGCAUCUCUGCCGCAAUGAUUAUGCAGCUGGAGGUUACAAGAUGCUGUCACUCUUUGAUCCGUCAGGGAAGAGAAUAGCAGCAGUGGCUCUUAGGAACUGCUUUUACAUGGUCCCUCUCGGUUUCAUUGCCUAUGACUGGGGAUUAACUUCAAGUUGGUUUUGCCUCGAAUCAACACUUCUCACAAUAGCAAUAGCUGCAACAGCAUUUUCAUUCUACCGAGACCGGACAAUGCAUAAAGCAAGGAAGAUGUUCCAUGCGAGUCUUCUCUUCCUACCUGUUUUCAUGUCUGGUCUUCUUCUACACAGAGUCUCUAAUGAUAAUCAGCAACAACAACUCGUAGCAGAAGAAGAAGCCGGUUUAUCAAAAGAAGUAAAAGCUCCUAGACGAAAGAAACGUGUGGCUCAACCUCCAGUGGCUUAUGCUUCUGCUGCACCGUUCCCUUUCCUCCCAGCUCCUUCCUUCUAUUCUCCAUAAUAAAACCAUUGAGCAAGCUCUUGCAAAUUUUUUUGGAGACAGAAGUCAAGAACAUUCUGAUUUUUGUUUUUCAGUUUACAUCUUUGUGGUUAUUAAUAAGGAAGUGGAGAACGCAUACAAAUUUUACGUUUUUUUGCUCCACAUACAUUAAUUGUAUUUUUCCAAAGUUAUGUUUCAUAUGAAACAAUAUACACUCUCUGGUUAAACGAGACU